UGAAUGAAAAAAAAAAUUAAUUAGCAAAAGAGGCGAAAACAGAAACGUUCUUCUUCUUUUUCUUCCUUCUUCCUUGGAGUGGAUCCGAAGAACGUAAAAAAACAAAACACUAGGCGGGUGAUUAUAAGAGAGGAUGCAUUCUUUUGGGUACAGAGCGAAUGCUCUGCUCACGUUCGCUUUAACGAUACUUGCCUUCAUGUGCGCCAUCGCGUCCUUCUCAGAUAAUUUCAGUAACCAAACUCCUUCUGCUCAAAUCCAGAUAUUGAAUAUCAAUUGGUUUCAGGAGGAACCUCAUGGUAAUGAUGAGGUCAGCUUGACACUGAACAUAACAGCGGACUUGCAGUCACUCUUUACUUGGAACACAAAGCAGGUAUUCGCUUUUGUUGCAGCAGAGUAUAAAACCUCGAAGAAUUCUCUUAAUCAGGUUUCUUUAUGGGACGCCAUAAUACCCGAGAAAGAGCAUGCCAAGUUCUGGAUUCAAAUCUCAAAUAAGUACCCUUUCAUCGAUAAGGGACACAACCUCCGAGGGAAGGACUUCAACUUGACACUGCACUGGCAUGUCAUGCCCAAGACCGGCAAGAUGUUAGCUGACAAAAUAGUCAUGUCUGGUUAUCGUUUACCCGAUGCAUACAGAUGAUUAUUAUGAAAAGCCUCAUGCAUCAAUCUAGGAAAGAAAAAAGAGUUAAUGUUUCAGGUGUCUGAUCUGCAUACAUAAGGUUAUUUAUAUAUAAUUUAGAUUUAUUUUUAUAUUAAAGAUAAUAAGAAGAUAAUUAUGAUGUUGGCUACAUGUGAUUUUGUUUUACUAAAAAUAAAAAAAAUAACAAGAUAGAAAA